UAGGGGUAGAAAUGUGUAAUUCACCAUCUAAGAAGCCCUUUAGAUGGAACGGUCAAUUUUGUGAUUUUGCCCUAAUUCCCAAUUUCAGCCUUAAUUCUUCAUCCUUCGUCUACCGAAGAUAUUGAAGACUUGAAGAAGCAGCAACGCAGGAAACAGUUCAUCCGCCAAUUAUACGAGGCCAAAAACACCAGAUUAAAAACAUAAUUUGAAUCAAAUUUUCUAACAUGAAGUUGGAGGAGUCAAACCCCUGCAUCAGCAAGUCAACUCGGUUACCAAGAAAACGGUUUUACAGAGCUCGCGCUCACAGCAACCCACUAAGCGAUUCCCAUUUCCCAGUUCCAAUCUCCCCUCACCAUGUAGACUACUCCCUCCACUUCCCUCAAUUCUUCCCAUCUCCCAAUUCCGAUUCCGAUUCUGAUUCCAGAAAGAUCGAAUUCGCCGACAUCGGAUGCGGAUUCGGCGGCCUUUUAAUCAGCCUCGCAACUCUCUUUCCCAACACCCUCAUGAUCGGAAUGGAAUUGCGAGACAAAGUAACGGAAUACGUGAAAGAACGGAUUCUAGCUCUUCGAAUCUCAAACCCUAAUCAAUACCAAAACGUCUCUGUAGUCCGAACCAAUUCCAUGAAAUACAUCCCGAAUUACUUCUCAAAAUCACAGCUUUCAAAGAUGUUUUUCCUGUUCCCGGAUCCUCAUUUCAAAGAAAAGAAUCAUCGAAGGCGUGUUAUAAGCCCUUUUUUGUUGGAUGAAUAUGCUUAUGUGAUUAAAGAAGGUGGGAUUAUAUACACCAUUACAGAUGUUGAAGAACUUGGAGAGUGGAUGAAAUCUUGUUUGGAGAAUCAUCCGUUGUUUGAAGGACUUACAGAUGAAGAACUUGAAGCGGAUCCUGUUGUGAAGCUUUUGAAAUGUGCAACGGAGGAAGGACAGAAAGUUGAGAGAAAUGGAGGGCAGACUUUUACAGCGGUUUUUAGGCGUAUUGCGAUGAAGUAGGUUUGGUUUUUUAUAUUUGUUUUCAUGUCGAAUUCCUUUUUUUUUAUUUUUAUGUUUUUUCUUGAUUUUGAUAAAUUGUUAGCAAAUUUAGUUACAAGUAUUUUGAACUUUAGGUCAUGCUAGUAUGAUACACUUUCAUCCUCUUUGGUAGUUGUAAUUUAAUGUUUUCUUA